AGGUCAUGCCUGACACACAGGGACCUCGAGGAUCGAGAAGCCAACAGGGUGAGUUUUUCAGACUCCACAAUUUACGACUGAAAUGAGGAGAAAAGCUCUGUAACCCGGGGAACGCACUCCCCCCGGGCUUUGCCUGAGGGCAGCGCGCACGGCCUGAGGCAGCCGCACGCUCCCCUGCUCCGGAGAGCUGGACUAGAGGGUCACGGUAAGGCCUCUCACCCUGGCCGGUACCGGACAACCCAGAACAGAGAGGCUGGGGCUGGCCACUCUGCCACUCCUCCUAGACCAGGCUGUGCCCACACACAAGAUGAGCGCCCACCUCCAGCGUCUCAGAUGAGCUCUGACGCCCCGCGGCUGCGGGCUAAGAUGGCGCCCAUCGACCUGCAGCCUCCGCUUGCCCUCGGCCAACAUGGCAGCCGCUCAGAUACACCCUGAUGGUAAACACCAUCCACGUUUCACGUGGAAAGAGAGCAGAGCUUGAAUAACCCGCUCCUGGCGUGAUUUCUCUUCAGAACUCACCUGAACUUCUAAUCUGAGGUUUAGCCAGAAGGUUCUUUUGAGAGCUCCUCAAGUGUUUUUAUUGCCACAUAAACAGAGGUCAUAGUCAUCACUGCUGUUAUGUCCUGGGUACACGUUGCAGUCAGCCGGUCCAGUGAGGAUAUAUUUGAUGAAGAUGCAGAUGAAACGUGUCUACUCCAGAAAGAAUGGAACAGCACCAUGAGAAGGAGAUUGAAGGAAGGCUACAGGGAUGGAGUUGAGGCUGGGAAAGAACUUGCACUCCAGGAAGGCUUUAAUCAAGGUUACAGACACGGCGCUGAGCUGAUGAUGACAUGUGGCCAGUUCAGAGGAACCCUGAAUGCUCUGUUAUCCUGGUGUCAUUUUAAUGGACAUGAUUCUGCUUUGAGUGAGAUAAAUAAUCUUCUUGAUAUGGUUGGAAAGCAUGAAGAGGACAUCCUGAAGUAUCUGAAUUCUAUUGAACAACAGCCACAUAUUGGACAAAUUUUAGACUCUGUUCAGGACAUGGACCUUAAUCACACAGCUCCAGCUGGGACAGAGUCCAAUGAAGAUAAAACCAGAAAUCAUGAAGACAUUGGCAGCUUUGGUGGAAACAUUUGUAGAAGCAAUGAUGAGGUUGGUUCCCUGCAGCCUGAUGGCAAGGCAAAACUCUUCACAGAUCCUGAAAGGUCAACCCUUGCUUGGGUUAAAAAGCAGACUAUUUGGCUAGUAGAGCAACUUGGCUUAUCACUGAGUAUAGUCCAUCAUGUCCAGCAGUUGGAACACUAGUUGUUGUGUCUCGUGGUGUAUCACAUUCUCUCAGCUGAAUUUGAUUGUCAGUUCAUGGCCCAUGUACAGGCUGAUGCAUCACUUCUUCUUAGGGAAACCUGACUUUGAUACAUCCCAGUAGGAGUAAUUUCUGUAAAUCUUCACCAUACUUUGGCUCCUGGCAAAAAACUUGUCUUCAGUCUUAACUUUCACAGAAAGAGGAAGUGGUUUCUAAAGCUCUACAAAGAUUUACUAAACAAGUUUCUGUUCUGUAUCAGAAGCUGUCAUUUCACACUCGCUCGCUCUCUUUCGCAGAGGUUUGCAAAUGGAGCAGGUCCCUUAAGUAUCCCCUCUAAGCAGGUACACUUUAUUAUCUAAAAAAUAAAUUUCCCAUUUGUCAAGUGCUGUGGACAAGCACUUCUUGCAGAAUAAGCUGCUGGUUGUGGUAUUCUAACACAAAAAAGAAGAGGAUUUGCUGCUGAUUUCUUGAGUGCUGUGACUCGUCGCUAUAUAAAAUGUAGACAUUUUCUACCUUUUGUCAGAUUCUUCACUUUUGUAACCACUGUUCAGUGCAUUUUCACAGUUUAAAACUUUUUCUUUCUCAUACAGUUCUGGUUACUUCUGCUGAAAACACCAUUCUUUUCAAAUGCAGUAUUACUGACAAUUCCUUUGCUUUCCUGUUAGACCAUUCACACCUAUCCUUGUUAGACCACACUGAACAUGUUUCCUGUCUAAUGAACUUCGUCAUGUUAUAUUUAUUUUACCAGUUUCUCUAGCCUGAACUCUUUCCCUCAUUCCUCUAGUGUUUUCCCAAACUCUGAACAGAAGCCAGGCUACUUUACCUUCUCUCAGAAACCCUUGCCAGUCACACAUGCAUAUAUCUGACACCUUUGUGUGCCAAUGGUCUGUACUGGACUGCUUUUCCUGUUGUUUGCCUUACCUGUAGCUGCAAAGUGCUCUAGUCAGGAAGUGGUUUAUUUGUCAACGUCUAUCUCCAUUUUACACUAAUUAAACUGAUUUACAGGAAAUAA